AUGAUACUACUAUUACGACUGACGCUUGUUGGGUCGCUUAUACACUUUUCUCAUUCUUGCCUACCAAACCCCUUCUUUGGAUAUAGUCCAGGUUACGGUGGAUAUUAUGCACCACCAGUAGCUUACAAUAGUUUUGGAGGGUUUCCAAGAGUGGGACCGUUCAGAGCAGAACCGCAACGUGGACCAGCCGCGGCUGGUGGUGCUGCUGCCGUGGCACAGAAUCCUGUACAACCGAGAUUCGCUCUGCAACAAGACGAGAUCCGAUCUGUGUCUUCCUUGAACUGCGCAUCCUUUGCCGACAAAUGUCGAUGGUCGAAUACCCAAGAGGAAGAACUUGAUUGGACGACGCUAGCAGAAUCACCCCAAGCUGCUCCAUUCCUACCAACUUUGGAUGUCCAGAAUCUUCCAACCCAAUCCGCUGGAUCGCUAUCUUCCCCUGCUAGAAAUGGCUGGGAAAGUGGACAACUGAUUUCCGACGCGUUGCCUUGCAUGACGACAGGGCUCAAAGUGACAGCUACAGCUUGGAGGAGUAAAGUCGGACCUACUAGUGAGCAGCCGAAACUUCAGAUUUGUGUGAGAAAUUCCAACGAGGAGAAGUUCCCACUCAUUAAUUGCAACGAAUUUGAAAUUAGGAAUGGUGUCCCAAUGUCAGCAGAUAUUCCAACUCCGAAUGAUCCGAAUCUUCCCACGCAGAUUGUGUUCUCGGGAAACAACUUCAUCGCCAAGGAAGGUGGUGCACUUUUCCUUCAAGACAUUGUAAUUGAGGGAUCCCUGAAAUGCAAUGGCGAGACUUUGGAUAGUCAUCCGGUGUUGAUAUCCAAUCCUCCAUCAAGAGCAAAUGAUAAUGAUAAGAGAAGUUUUGCAGAAUCAGUGGGAUCAUUAAAGGGAAUCGAAGGAAUCCCCGGACUAGAAGCUAUUGAUGCUGCGGCGUUCCCUGCAAACCUUGAUGAGCAAAGAAUUGCGAUUGCCAGUCUACAAAGAUCACUUCAAGGCAACAGUGUAGUUGAACCGAAAGAAAUCCAAUCCGUGAUAACACCAGUUCACCAGCCGGCCGCACAAAAUACACAAAAUGCUCCAGCUCCACAGAGUGCUCCUCCACAGAAUCCCUCAUCAGCUGAAUCGUUAUCAUCUGUACCAUCACUUUUCGAAAGUUGCCUAGCGUUGUCUUGUAAUCCAUCUGACUUGAGUUGCAAAUUCUGGAGAUCAUCCGGCAAUAAUCGGUGGGAAAUUGGGACAUCGGGUCGCGUGGCAAAUCCGCUUACCGGAAUCAAUCUGCCACCAGGAACAGCCCAAAAAUUCCUGGUCGCCCCAUUCUUUGACUCCCAUAUUAGCAGCUACACCUUGGUGUCUGAAUCUUUGAAUAUUCCACUUCUAGAAGAAGUAUACUUCUGUUUCUAUGAGUACUAUGCGACGGAAGGGCUUUCAAUUGCGGUCUGCACUGACAAAAUGGAUUGUUUCUAUAAGAAGAGUGGUCUGACAAUGGGUGACGGUUUGAGGGAAAAUAAGAAAUGGAAUAUUCGCUGCUCUAAACUUCCGCCAGGAACCUAUGAGCUUAGAGUCAUUGCUGAAAACGCUGGAGACAAUAAAGGAGAGGUCGGCUUUUUACCGAUUCGUCUUGCCAGAGAUGCCAAGGGACAGCAGUUGAUUUGCUGA